AUGGAGUCUGGGAUACUCUUUCCACUGAAUCAGCUCUGGAAUGCAGUCGCGGAUUGGCUCCGGAAUCAGCAGCAGCACAAAUUGUCAAAAGUUGCAUUUACGAUUGCAACUGGUAGGAUUAGGUUAGUUGCAGGGCGCCAUAGAUUGGCCGUGGGGAUUGUUGUCGCCACUGCUGUGGAGCUCGGUGGUGUUUGUGAAACUGGUUUGAGUACAAAAAUGGAAAGUAGAUCAUUAGUCGACGUCUGGGAUGGAUUGUCGGGACGAAGCUCCAACGAUCUAGUUAGUGUUUGUUCUCAGAGAAGAGAAAGAAUAUUUACUCGAAAGAGAGUCUCCCCUCUUCUCGAGGAAGAGGGAUCCUUUUAUACAUGGUUCGAGAGGCAUGUGGACCUCAAUGGAUUCUGUUGGACAUCCCUUCAUGGGGCGUGA